AUCAGUUUCCUCAACACGCUCACUCAACAUGCAGCUUGUAAUCUUCGCCACCUUGGCCGUUUUGGCCGCUGCUGCCCCUCAGAAAUAUGGAACAGACGAAAAAGACGCGCCAAUCUUGAAGGAUGAACGCAUUACCGAGAACGACGGAAGGUACAACUUCGAAGUGGAGACUGGCAACGGUAUCAUAAUCUCCCAGUCUGGCUCACCAGUGGCUGAAGGCGCUAUCGCCAAAGCUGGACAAUUCUCCUACACCUCACCCGAAGGGAUUCCAGUAGCCCUGAAGUUCGUCGCCGACGAGAACGGCUUCCAGCCCGAGUCUGACCUGCUGCCAGUGGCUCCUGAGUUCCCCCACCCAAUCCCCCAGUUCGUGCUGGACCAGAUCGCCUUCGCUGCUGCAGAAGACGCUGCCCGUGCACGAGGCGAGGCCCCCAAAUAUGCAAAGUAAACGUCGAACUCUCCCCACGAUGACCCACCACGAACAGCGACCUAACUUACCAUGACGGACUACACCUGUUGCACAUCUGCCAUGUUAAAUCGAACUUUGUGUAUAUUAACCUAUUGAGAUUAUUAUUUAUUAUGAAUAAAAAUUAGAGCUUAAAAUAUA